GCCCGACGCGGGGCUCGAACUCAGGGACCGCGAGAUCAUGACCUGAGCCGAAGUCGGCCGCUCACCUGACUGAGCCACCCAGGCACCCCAUGUUCACUCUUUCAGAACACAACAACCACGCUCUGGGCCCGUCUGGGUGCGGUGUCCUCCUCUCCCAGGCGGUGAAUACCUGUGGGUAAUAAAGUGCUGUCCGUCUCCUCUGUACGGGGUCGGGUGCCGUGUGUUUAGUCAUCCCAUUGCCCUAAGAUGGGACGCCCGCCCUCACCAGUGGGGUGAAGAGGAAGUGAUUACAAUACAAGUCACAUAUGGGGAGGCCGGAGACCUUUCUGCAGCGUGGGACAGUGAGGCGGUGUUGACCAUAGGCACGUGGUUGUGAGAUCCAGUUUCCAGAAUUGUGUGUAGUUAGGGAGGGAAUGUGCCUGAUGGCCUGGGGACCUGGUAUUGAGACUUAUGUGACCGUGGCUGCCACAGAAGAAUAGCCUAGUAUGAGUGGGUGGAUCCUCUGUGCCAGGUCCACAACUUGGAUACGUACUUGUCCACGUGCCUCUUGUGUCGGCAGAACCCUGUGAUCAGUGGGCCCAUGAGGAGGGAAGAGCGCCUUGGCUCCCAGCACUGGGGCCUGGUUCCUCCUCUGAGUUGGGAGAAUGGGGGAGGAUGGGCAUGGAUUAGGGGUGGGUGGGGGAAGGGAUUGUGUAUCUUGGGACAGGGGCUUUUUGUGGUUUCAUCUGUCCCCAUCAUGCCAGGGCAGGGUGACCUUCGAAGACGUGGCCGUGUACUUCUCCGGGGAGGAAUGGGGUCUCCUGGACGAGGCUCAGAGAUGUCUGUACCAGGAUGUGAUGCUGGAGACCUUGGCCCAUAUAACCUCCUUGGGCUGCUGGCAUGGAGCAGGGGACGAGGAGGCACCCGAGCAGAGCGUUUCUGUACAAGGAGUGUCACGGGGCAGGACUUCCAAGGCGGCUGUGUCCUCCCAGAAGGCCCCCCCUCGUGAGGUGUGUGUCCCGGACUUGAGGGAACUUUUACAUUCGACCGAGCACCACGCGACACCUGGUGGACAGAAACUGCACAAGAUGGGGGCGUGUGACAAGCAGGUGUAUUUCGACACACACCUUGCGCACCAGCAGCAGCGCACUGGAGAGAAAUGCUUCGGGAGCAACAGGGGCGGAGCCUCUUCUUGGAAGGACUACACAUUCUGUGUGUCCGGGAAGCCCUUUUCCUGUGGCGAGGUUGUGAGGGACUUGUUGGCGAGCUCGAGAUUCCUCCAGGAUCGGGCCACACACACCAGGGAGAAGUCAGACAGGAGAGCUGAGUGCGGGGCGGCCUCUCACGGAAGGAGAACUCCGUGCACCUCGGGAGAGGGCGCCAAGGACCUCACUUGCAGACACACCCUUGUUCGUCACCAGAGACACCUCAGCAGAGAGAGAUGCUUCAUGUGCAGUGAAUGUGGGAAAUCUUUUAGCAAAAGCUACAGCCUCAGUGACCACUGGAGAGUGCACACUGGGGAAAAGCCUUAUGAGUGUGGGCAAUGUGGGAAGUCCUUUAGGCAAAGCUCCAGCCUCAUUCAACACCGGAGGGUUCACACUGGAGCAAGGCCUCACGAGUGUGACGAAUGUGGGAAAUUAUUUAGCAACAAGUCCAACCUCAUUAAACAUCGGAGAAUUCACACUGGAGAACGGCCGUACGAGUGCAGCGAAUGCGGGAAGUCCUUCAGCGAGAGCUCUGCGCUCCUUCAACACCGGAGUGUGCACACUGGAGAGAGGCCUUAUGAGUGCAGCGAAUGCGGGAAGUUCUUUACCUACCACUCCAGCCUCAUAAAACACCAGAGAGUUCACUCAGGAUCAAGGCCCUACGAGUGCAGCGAAUGCGGAAAAUCCUUUACUCAGAAUUCCAGCCUCAUCGAACACCGAAGAGUCCACAGCGGAGAAAGGCCUUAUAAGUGCAGCGAAUGUGAGAAAUCCUUUAGCCAAAGCUCUGCUCUUCUUCAACAUCGGAGAGUUCACACUGGAGAGAGGCCUUAUGAGUGCAGCGAAUGUGGGAAAUUCUUUACUUACAGUUCCAGUCUCCUAAAACACCAGAGAGUACACACUGGAUCGAGGCCUUACGAGUGCGCUGAAUGUGGAAAAUCCUUUACUCAGAACUCUAGCCUCAUUAAACACAGGAGAGUUCACACUGGAGAAAGGCCUUAUGAGUGCAGCGAAUGUGGGAAGUCCUUUAGCCAUAGCUCCAGCCUCAUUAAGCACCGGAAAGUGCACACCGGGUAAGGGCUUGAGGAGUACGGUGAAUUUGGGAAACGUUUACACGUGUCUUCCAUUUCAGUGACCGUUCAAAUAUUCACACCAGAAAAAAGGCUUUAUGAGUUUUGAAGGUGGGAAAUAUUUACGUCCGUGUCCAAGCUCCUAAAACACCACAAUGUCACAUCAGAAGAAGGCCCGGGAAUGUGGCCGAUGGGAGAAGGGGCUGACUGAAGUCUAGCCUCGGUGCACUCCAGAGAACUCACACUGAAGAAUGGCCUUAGAAAUGCAGUGACUGUGAGAAAGCCUUCAGCCAAAGGUCUUACCUCAUCGGAGAUGACAAAUUUCAAAUGGGAGACCUACCUGAAAUGUGCAGGUAUACAGCAUUCAGGUGUUCAGUGUGACAGCGCUGGAGGAGAGCCUUUCGGAAGGUGCCAUCUGCCUGUGUUGAACCUCAUACAUCUAAACAUCCACAGGAACCCCAGGGAUGUGGCAGCUGCAGUGCACUUUGUGAACCUGCCCAGGGCCAUGCUCCAGUGUCAGGGCAGGUCCCAGAUGACCAUGAACAGCCCAAGUACUUGCUCCUUCC